AUGGCGUUGAGAUCCCGCCGCCGUGAGCUGUCCUUCGAUAUCCUAGCGACCGAAUUCGACGACGUCAUGCCCACAGCCACCGUGUCUCGCUCGAUUUCCGAUCCCCUCGCUCUCCAGAGCGACGCCGUUUCGUAUUCCCCUCGCCGGAAGAAGAAGAAGAAUAAAAAGAAGAGCACGAAAACUAUCCCGCAGGACUCCGUGGUUUGCGGAACAUCUGCGAUCAACGGUGACGUGAAUUACAGUUGUACGGCGAGCACAAUCACGGAGGCUGCCGUGUUACCUGAUGUCGAGAGCGAGGGAAAUCAUCGAGUGUAUAUGGUGGCGUCGCCGUUUGGGGAGCUGAGGCAGAGGAAUGUGGGUAAUGCGGUGAACGGAGGCAGUGUGGAGAUAGCGAGUGAGGAGAGUGUAAGUAGUAUAAAUGAUAGGAAUAUAAAGGAAGAAACAGCGGAGGAUGUGAGUAAUGUUAAGGAAGUCAAUUCGGAGCACCGCAGAGUGGAAUUGAACGGGAGGAAAUUGGAGAAAGAGGGGACCCUAGAUUGGAAGCGACUGAUGGCUGAAGAUUCAAGUUACACAUUACCUCUGGAUUCACCAAUGAAAUAUUUCAUGGAAGAAAUGUAUGCUGGAAAUUCCUUAAGAAACACUACCAUCCUUGGCAAUGAGAAGGAACGGGAGCGAGUAUAUGAUACCAUAUUUCGGUUGCCAUGGCGUUGUGAACUGCUUAUCAAUUUUGGGUUCUUUGUGUGCUUUGAUUCAUUUCUCUCACUCUUAACCAUCAUGCCGACUAGGAUCAUCAUCACCUUUUGGAAGCUUCUUAAAACCAGGCAGUUUAAGAGACCUUCUUCAGCAGAGUUGUCUGAUUUUGGCUGUUUCGUUGUGCUGGUUAGUGGAGUCACUGUAUUACAACAAGCAGAUAUCAGCUUGAUUUAUCACAUGAUCCGCGGCCAAGGGAUCAUUAAACUCUACGUGGUGUACAACGUUUUGGAGGUAUUUGAUAAAUUGUGCCAAAGUUUUGGUGGUGAUGUAAUGCAAGCUUUAUUUAAUUCAGCUGAUGGACUUGCGAACUGUUCACCAGAAAACAUGCAAUUUUGGCUAUGGAGAUUUAUUUCAGAUGAAGCCUUAGCUGUUACUUCUUCGAAUAUCCUUUUCAUCAUUAUACUUCUAACUCAGGCCAUCACUUUGUCCACAUGUAUAGUUGCUCAUAAUAAUGCGCUGUUCGCUAUGCUUGUGUCCAACAAUUUUGCUGAGAUCAAAAGUAAUGUGUUCAAACGAUACAGCAAGGACAAUGUCCAGAGUUUGGUAUACUUUGAUUCAGUCGAGCGAUUCCAUAUUUCAGCAUUUGUUUUAUUUGUUCUAGCUCAAAAUAUACUGGAAGCUGAGGGUCCUUGGUUAGAAAGCUUUGUAUGUAAUGCUUUGGUUGUUUACAUGUGUGAAGUGAUGAUUGAUAUAAUAAAACACUCAUUCAUUGCUAAAUUCAAUGACAUAAAGCCCAUUGCAUUCUCCGAAUUUCUCGAAGAUCUUUGCAAGCAGAAGUUGAAUAUGAAAACAGAGAACGGAAAAAAGAGCCUCCUAACUUUUGUUCCUUUAGCACCAGCUUGUGUGGUAAUUCGUGUUCUUCGACCAGUUUAUGCGGCCCAUCUCCCUUACAAUCCACUCCUGUGGAGAAUAUUUUGGAUUUUGGUGUUGUUGGCCAUGACCUUUGUGAUGCUUGCCAGCCUUAAGGUGAUGAUUGGUAUGGGCCUCCGAAAACAUGCCAGAUGGUACGUUAGAAGAUGCGAGAGAAGGAAGUUUCACUCAGACUAA